AUGUUUGUGGAUCCCCUGACGGGACUUAUUGUGGUCAUCGACGGAAACUCCACAGAGUACGUGGACCCGGCGAACCUGCCGAGUUUCGCCGGAGCGCUGUACUGCUCGGACGACGCGGGCUGCGGACUUUUCCCGGUUACCGUUUCCACAAACUUCAGCGGAGUCUACGGUACCGGCAAUGCGGUGGCGAAGGCGACGUCUGUGGCUUCGGCCGCAGCUGAUCCUUCCUCGUCUUCACCAUUUGCAGCUUCGAGUCGAAGACACCUCAGCUUGAUGACCGCAGCGCAGCAGCGAGAAUCCGAAGACGCCAGUGUUGUUGACCCUGUCGAAGCAGACGACCAAGUUGUUCGGGUCAGGAAGGACGGUGGUGAUGUCUUUUCCUCGGAACAGGACAUGGCCUACAUGUUCUUGCGCCGCAGGGCGGGGAACUACCGACCGAGGAAUCAAUACCGGGACCGCUUCUUCACUGAGAACGGCACUCACACUACCAUACCCGGAGCGAUUCCCAAGUCUCAGCGAUCAUAUACCGCCUCCCCACUCUCGUCCAGUCGUCCCGACUCCUUUCCAUUCCCCUCACACGAGGAGGAAGGAGCUUAUGCCGAACAGCAAGAGAAGCAUGUUGUUGAUGAUUUCGAUGAUGGUGAGCCUCCCUACGACGGACGGCCGCCAUGGGAGCGCGAGAGUUGGAGCGUGGGAACCCAAGAGGAGGAUCGGGUCGACACGGAAAGCGCGACAGGGAGGACGGGGAGGAGGAGGCUGGUCGGUGAUGAAGCCGAGCCCGCCGUCGAGAGCCCCCUUUCAUGCAUCCGCAAGGGCGACUCGGUGCUGUUCGACAUCUCGAGCGGCUGCUACCCAGUCUACGACAAAGAUUCGCUGCUGAACUCUAAUCUCGAGUUUGACUACGGCGAGUUUCGCACUGUGGCCGAGCUCGCCACCUCGUCGGCCACGUACGACACGUUCGGGUUCGUCUUCGAGGACGCCGGAACGUACGUGUUCAGUUCUAGCUGCAACCUGGACAGCGUCAUCGUCCUGGCCGUCAUGGGGGAAGACGUCAGCUGCACCACCGACGCGCACUUCGUGCCCCUCACGGCGGCCAACUUGAUCAAGCUCGGGGUAGCCAAGAACAGCGACAACCUCACGCUUACGCCGGACUGGGCGCUCAUCUGCGGCCUGCUGGCGGGCGUUGCCUUCAUGAUAUUCGGAGUUGUUUCCGCGGUGUACUACUUCCGAACCAAGGCGUGGACCACCGGACAAGCGGCCACCCCAGGGUACCGUGCAAAGGCGCAGGGCCGUCACUUUGAGGUCAACGGUGACGCUUCGACACAGAAAGCUGGCUUCUUCGCUAAGCGACAGAACCAAGUCUCGCCGCUGGACCCGGAGUCCACCCCCAGUGACCGCGGCCGUACCUUGAGGUCGCGACUGUCUGUUAGCUCACGCACCGGCUUGGGCAGCGGUCGAGCCCCAGACAUUGAGAUGCAGAGCGGCGACCCUUCCGACGCCCAAGACAACCCCGACGUCCGCGAGCUGGUGGAGAGAAUGCAGAAGUACCACGACGACGUCGAGAAGGAGUUCACGGGACAGAAGGAUCUCGUCAUGAAGCUCCACCACCUCCUCCAGCAAGAGGCCGACGAGCUCAAGCGUCUCCUCGGGGCAAAGGCGGGCGUGGUCGGCGACCAGCCCGCUGCGGCCGUCGAGAAAUCCACCAGAGCGACGCUCGCGCGGCUCAAAACAGACCUCGCGUCCCGCCGGCUGCACGAAGCCGGCGUAUCAACAUCAGAGGUGGAGGCCCUGUCAGCUCUGAAACGGCUGCAAGAGCUCCUCCAGGAGGGAGCCGAGCCCUUCGCCAAGCGUGUCAUGCUGGAGAUUUCGAACGCGGACGUCGCAGAGAAAGGGUCGUGCCACGACGAUGCCCAUGCCGCCACCCCUCUUUUGCGUGAGAUACAGGAAGGCGCUGAGCUCAUCCGGGUUGAGGAUAUCGUGCGAACCUUGAAGACCGUGAGCGAGAUGGACGCGAAGACGGACGCCGGUGAGCGGGGAGUGGCGGCGACUCUGAAACGCCUCGCCGAUCGCCUCCCUGCGUGCACGCAAGAGCUCUGCGCGUCGGAGGGAUUGAUCUUGCGCAACCUUGUGCGAAUCCGAGCGAUGGGGAACACCUCUCUCGAGACCGCCGAGAGACAAAGGGGCGAGAGCGUCAUUUCCAAGGUGCUGGACCAGCUCAUCCAGGCGCUGGCUAUCGUCGGCGCUCGGGCGGAGACGGAGAAGGCGGCGGUCGACACGGCCAGGAUAGAUGCGGAGGUGGAACGGCGCCACCUGGAGGCGGCGGUGGACGAGAGUAUAAAGACGAUGAACAUCGCCGGGUCUGCGGACGGUGUUCCGCCGACAUCGGACGACCUCCAGGGAAUGCUGAAGGAAAUCCGGCUGUUGGUUUCUUCCUCCGGCUCUGCUUCCGCCGCUUGUGCAGCCGUCGUGGCCCCGACUCGCCGCGCUAGCGCUCUCUUCUCACAAGUCGCCGAGAACGAGUACCGGCGGCACUCCAUUUUGCCCGGCGAUGAUGUGGACACCAGGUCCGAGAUUGAGGCCAAUUUGCUGGCGGAGCAGGAGGCAGGCGUCGCUGCGGUGUCGGCGGUGGCGGACAGCCAGAAGAGGAGCCUCCAAAAGCAGCUCGACAACGCGGGGGCGACCGUGGAGGAGAAACAGGCUAUGAUGAACGCUCUAACCGAAGACCAAAAGACGAUCGAGGGCAUCCUAGAAGGCGAGCGGGUGAGGAUGGAAGAGAGCUUCAAGAGCGCCGCGGUGGCGCGUAAGGCGAGGGACGAGAAGCACGCUGAAGAAGAUGCCGUCGAAGAAUGCCAAACCAAGGCAGAACUCCUGCACAAGCAAAACGCGCAGAUCAAAGAGCUACGGCGCAAGCACGAAGCGGCGCAACUGGCGGUUGCCGCAGCGGCGUCCUCCGCGGAUGACGAUGGCGAUCAGGAUCCACAAGGGCAAGAGAAGGCCGACGGCAGUGGAGACAAAACGGACGGCGAAGACGAAAGAGGGGUGAUCGCAGCGUUGAGGAAGGCACAUGUGGAGCAAGUUGCACUUCUGGAAUCAAGCCUGACUGUCAAGGCUAAGAGCGCAAUACACGCUCUCCAAGAGCGACUGGCCGCACAGAGGGAGGCUUUCGCCGAACCGAAUUCACUGACAGUCGAUCAUCUCUUGGACCAUUGCCCUCGUAGAAGCCUCAGCGAUCUGCCCUCGUCCUACUUUCCGCGUUUGGCCAUGCCGCUUGUCUGCGCCGGUCACGGCAGAGCCAAGCGCGAAGCCGAGCUUGUAGAGGAUGGGGCCUCUUGGUCGGAAGCGGCCAUCAAAGCGGACAAGGAACUCGCGGCCAAGGAGGAAUCGCAACAGAAGGAGCUAGCGGCCACACUUGCGUCGGAGAAGAGUCAUGCCCUGAAAACGGAGUUGUCUACUCAGCGGCAAGUGCGCGACGAGGCCCGCGCGGUUGUAAAUGAAAACCAGGACCCCGCCGCCGGGCAGGCGGCCGCUGCGGAAGAGGCUCACCGCAUACGCGAGCAGGCGGUCGAAGCAAUCCAGGCUCUGGAGGAUGCCAUGGCGGAAGAGGGGAGGGUCAGGCGCAAGGCACUGGCCGAGCGGUUGAAGGCAAAGCGUCGGGCCAAAGAAGCCGAGCGGGUAAGGCAUGGGGCUGGAGAGAUGGAGCGGUGCAAGCAAGACGCGGACCUGACCCGCCUCGAGGACCUACAGAUUGAGGCCUUGGAGGAAGAACUUCUACACGAGAGAGAGAUUGGUCUCAAAGACGUGAGGGCCUGUGCCGCUGCGGCGGAAGUGGCCGCUACAGUGGCCAGCAGCCGUGCCGCCGAAGGCGGUGAGGUGGACCCGCGGGCAGCCGUUUUGGCAAGCAAGAUGAAGGAACUCCACCUUGCCGCCAUUGGGCAGCUGGAGAAUGACAUGAGCAGGAACGAGAAGAAUGCCUCGAGGGCUUUAAGGGAGCGUCUACAGGCGGCUAGAGCAGCUCGAGAAGCGACAUUGCAAGACAAAGAGUCUCUCUCCGCCUCAGAGGCGGCCAAGAAAGCCAGAACAGAGUUGGAAGACGGCGAGGAAAGGGCUAUUGAAGAGCUGAUGGAGGAUCUGCGCAACGACCGUGUCGAGGCCAUCGGUCGGGCGAACCUGGAGGCGGAAGCAGCCGGAACGGAUUCGCUGCGGGAGGAAGCAGACCGUCUUCUCGCAGAACAUCGCAACCGGAUGGCCCAGCUGCAAGAGGCCAUGAAGGUCGAUGCGCAGCGCCAACAGACCAACCUCCAGAAGCGUCUUGCUGCUCGGCGCAAGGGCACCGACGCUGUCGUAGCCGCCGCCCAGCCCGUGUCGCUUCAGGCCGCCGCGAAAGCUGCCACCCUCGCCGACUCCGCCGAGGAGGCCGAGCGCAUCAACCUCGAGCGGAGCCUCCUCGACGAGGCGAACCGCUUGCAAAGCGACGCCGAAGGGUACGAGCGAUCCGUCCAGAACAUCCUGACCUCUGCCGAACAGGCUGCCGCGUCAGGAGUGUACGGAGCGUCACUGGGAGCCGCAGAAGCAGAGAUGGCCCAGGAGGAGAGAAAGGAGUCUCUGCGAGCGAUUCACGAGAGGGCAAUUGUCGCGAUGGAGGCGCAGAACGAGAACAAGCGGCGGACGGCGGCGGCGAGAUUGGGGCAGAGGCGAGCCGCGGCCAGGGCGGCGAGGGCGGAGGCCAUGCGUGCGGCAGGGAAAAGCGAAGAAGAGAUCGCCAAAGAUCUUGCAGAGGUGGACGCCCACGACUCGGAAGAGGCAGCACAGGAAGAUGCGAUGCUGCAGGCGGAAGGCGUCGCUGAAAUUGAGGAGGAACUAUCGACGCAAAUCGCCGCAGUCGCGGAUGGCAUUGAUCCGAAGAAAGAAGCUGCCAGGAUCCGCGAACGACACAUCCGCGAUGCCGCUGCACUCGAGAAAGAGUUGAAGCAGCAUUGCAGAGACCAGAGGGGUGCGUUGGCCAGCCGGCUCCGAAAGCGAAAAGCGGCCAAGGAAGAAUUCCUCCGCCGCGCCGGUGCGGGGGAGGAAGAGACUGCUGCAGCGUUGCAAACUCUGGAAUUCGAGGCGGAAAGUACAUAUGAAAACUUCGGGCAAUGUGUCGUCUUCACGACCAUGGCACCCAUCUCCGACUGUCCACGAACUUCUUUCACGUCCCCCGUCUCCUCUAAUUUGUCUCCUCUCGUGCAAAGAGAUUUCGUCCAGCUCGAACAAGCCCUGAGUGCUUUGAAGGACACCGAGGCCACCAGCCAGAAGCAAGCAGCCGCGUUAGCGUCAGGCGAGGACGAGCACCCUCAAUCCGGGCUCGCCGAGCUUCGCGCUCGGCACCAGGAAAGCGAAAACUUCCUUAAGGAUUCUCUCCGAGCGGAGGCCGGGGCGAGGCGGGCGCGAAUGCGUCAGAGGAUCGCCGCGCGCACGGCCGAGCGCGUCAAAGAGCUCACGGCACAACGCCGCGGCAAGGAUGAGAUCAACGCGGAGGUAGCUGCCAUUCGAGACGCUGGUGAAGCCGAGGAGAACCGGCUUGAGGCGGUCCUCGCCACUGAGGCCGAGGCUCGCAUCCACGCCGCUCGCGAAACUGCCCUUGCCGCGGAGACAAGUCUUGAGGCGACGCAGGAAGAAGCGCGCGACCUCCGCAAGAACCACGAGAAUGCCAUGAUCGCGCUUGCCGCCGAAAUGGCCAAGAAGCAGCGGCAAGGCAAGGAAGGCGUAGCGGCCAGGCUACAGGCAAAGAAGGCUAGGCGGCUGGCAGAGUUGAAGAAAGCCAAAGCGAAGGAUGACGAGGUGCAGGACGAGCUCGCCCGACUGGAGCAAGAAGCGGAGAGAGAGCAGAAAGAGGUUGAGGCGGACAUCGAGCAGGAGGCCGCGAUUCUUGAACAGGCUGAAGCGAAGAUGCUCGCCAGGCGAGAAGCCGAGGCUCGCGCCACCCGGCUGACGGCUGAAAGUUCUAGACGAGCAGGCGAGCUAGAGCUCCAGAAGAUACGUCAGGCGCAUGACGAAAACCAGAGGAUUCUAGAAGAAGCUCAGGAGAACAAGCGGAAGCUUCGCCAGCGCGCGUUGGCGGAGAGGCUGGAGCGCCGACGCCAGGAGAAGAUGAACGCCGCCAUCGCUGCUUCAGAAAGCGCCGAAGCUCAGCAGAAGUUGGCUGCUUCCUUGGAGCAAGAGAGGGUUGCAGCUAGCGCGGAGUUGGAGGAAGAAUUGGUCAAGGAAGCAUGCCAAGAGCUGGAAGUGCAUGCGCAACGACAAGCAAGAGCCGAGCAUGCCGCCCGGAUGUCGGCCAAGAAUGCUAUCGACGAGGCUGAGAAGAGGGCAAAGCUCGCCAGGGAGGAGCAUGAGGAGUCUACCAAGGAACUCGACAUGCAACUGGCGGCGGCAAGGGGGAGCAAGCUCAAAGAUAGGCUUGCCAAGAAGCGCAAGGAACGCGAGAAACAGCUCGUCAGGGAGCGCGCCGAUGCCGAGGCUGUCAAGGAACGCCUCCACGAAGAAAAUCUCGCUCGUGCCACAGCGAGGCGCACGAGAGAAGAGGCGGAGGAACGCGACAGGGCGAUGGCCGCGGCCCAAGCGGCCGACCUGGCCAAGCAAGAAGCGGUCGGCUGUCUUCAGAGGCUCCAGAAACAACAUGCGGAGCAGCACGCCGCGCUCGAGCACCAAAUGGAGGAGGAAAAGCGGUCUCGAGAGGCCAAGCUCCGCGAUCGACUGGCCAAGAAGCGUAAGGCUAAGGAGGAAGAGAUGCAGCAGGCCGCCUUGUCUGAGCGGAACAAUCGAACUCUAUCAGCAGCGGCGGCGAGGGCGGCGGCUACCGAGGCCGUGCGGGAAGCGGUCGAGGCCGCGGAACAGGAAGAGUUCAAGCGGAAGGCACAGAAGCUGAAGGAGCUCAGCCUGGCCAACGAGGAGAAAGAGAAGGCCGCACUUGCUGGAUCUUCCGCGACGAGCAAGCUGGCGAAGAAGAAAGCGAAGGCUGAAGCCAAGAAGCGCGAGCUCGAGGCCGCUCAAAAAGUGGAAGAGGAGAGGCUUUUGGCCAAGCACAAGGAAGAAGUGGAGGCUGCGAGAGCGGUGGCGGCGCCCGGAUGGACGGGUGAUAUCGCGUGGGACGAGGCUGUCAUGGUGGCGAUGGCGGAGGAGCCCAGAGCUGGAGAGACGCAAUUCGAUCGCGAGGCGCGGGUUUUGAAGUCGGUGCUCGAAGCGGGCAUCGUACCUGAGAAGAAGCUCGGGAAGGUGGGUCCAGGGCGGGCGGGGCGGCGGCUUGGUGGAACGGACAAGCGGAUCAUGGUGCUGUCGAUGAACGCCACCGACGAAGAGAGGGCCGAUGCGGCAGCCGACGUCGACGAUGACUUCGCCGGGCGUCAGCAACAGAUGGAGACGUCGAUCAUACAGCUGGAGCUACGCCAACGGCAGCUUCAAGAGAUCGCCGGAACGUUUAGGGCCAUCGCACCCGAAUCCGCCCUGGAGCGGCUGCAAGAGAUCAAUGCCGCCAGGCACAAAGAGGAGCUCGAGAAUUUCCAUGCUGCCAUGGAGCGGGAGAAGGAGGAGCGCCUCAAGCGCCUUCAAGAAGAGAGAAGCAAGUUCGAGGAGCAACUUCGUCAGCGUCACGACGCCGAGAUGCAGAUACUGCAGGCAGAGGAGCAAAAGGUCUUGGAUGUCGAGAGAGAGGCACAGGAGGCACGCCUCAAAGAAAAACAGGCGGAGCUCGAGAGGCAACGAGAAGAGGAAAAGCGCAAGAUGGAGGAGAGGAGCGACCAGCUCAAUGCCAGCCAAAAAGAAGCUCUCCUGGAGCAGUUCAAGCUUGACCAGGCGGCCGAACUCGGAGCCCUCAAGGCCGAGGAACAGUCUUCCAAGAGCAAGCUCGAGCAGAAGCUGGCCGCUCGACGGCAAAAGAAGACGGAGGAAAUAAGGAAAAGAGAGGAGAGGCAGCUCAAGGAGAAAGAGGCCAGGGAUGCCCAGAGGCUACAGGAAAUCGAGAGGCAGACCCAACUGGAGGAUGCCGCAGAGGUCGGAGCACUGUCCGCUUCGGGAAGCGUCAGCGCACUGAAGGUGGACAUCGACCAGGCAGCGAUUGAACUAGCACGGAAGGCGCUUUGCACGUGUAACGACGAGAUCGGUACCUACUACCAGGUGUUAAUGAUACAAGGGAGAAUGGUCCAAAGGCACAACAGUGUCAGCGGCAGGAGAUCUUUGUCCGGUGCCAGCGGGGGAGCCUCUGCGGCGGCCGCUGCCGCAGCCGCCACGGCAGCCACGGCGACGGCGUACACGCACAUAUCGUCCAAGCUGGAGGGAAUCGAGGGCCUCAUCUCGGCACUGAAGGCUGCCCAAGGGAACCGGCUGUUGGGGCCCGGCAUUUCCGCCGGUGAUGACGGGUCUACACAGGUGUACAGAGAUGCCGAGGACGAGGCCACAAUUCCGGAGGGCAACGACUUGCAAGUUAUCCCAAGAGAUAAGCUCCCGGUUCAAGCACUUGCCCGGCUGGAGUUCGGGGAGCACCUGCUUUCGGUGCUCGGCCUCGCCGACACUGUUAAGCUUCAGGUCGCCAAGAACCUACCCCCGACGGACGUUCUUAGUCAAGGCAGCGGUACCGGUGGCAGGCUCAACGCCAACGCGUUCCGCAACUCCUACCUUUGGGAGGCUUCAACCGGCGUGCUCAAUCUACACGUUCGGCGCCUUUCGAGCAGUGGAGACUUCGGGUUGGUUCUCGUGCACGCGGCGGCUCACAUCCACGUCGACCCGUCGGACAUGUCUAAUGACCUAGACCCGCGAUUCACGCAGCACUUCCAUCGCUCGCUCAAGGUGUUGACACAAGAGCUGUUCAGGUACAGAGAAUCAGCGGCACCGAUGGCUGACGGCGGUUUGGGAUCCCCCAUCCCCAGCCCCCUCCUUGCCGGCUCUGUGCCGGGAAGCAGUGGAAAAGCUGACACAGUGCUUAUGGCAGGCGGAGCACAGUCGAAAAGGACAGGGGCGGGUAGUGGCGAGUUCGCGCAGGACCUUCUUGCAGAGAGAAUGGAGAAGUACGCCCGGGCUAGUGGGCACCCGCGCUUGGUGGAACUCCUGUCGCGCCACGCCAACGAACAGAAGGACAAGUUCACGCUCAGCGACGACGAGGACCAGGUGUCGAAUGUGGGCGACGUCGAAUACAUGGAGAAAUUCGACAACAGGGACGCUGAUUCUAUCUUUCGUUCGCCGGUCCCCAGUAUCAGCGGACACGAGAGUUUCGAUGAUGAUGCCAGCGACAACGGAAGGGAGGAGAAGAAGGGGCUAUGAACACUACCAUUCAUGCCAAGACCUGCUGGGGAUAGGCAGUGGCUGGGUACCAUUCCCUCAAGCCGUGUGUCCGCGUACGGCGCGCAUUAGUGUAGAGUAUUGAUUGUACUUUUCUCAACUUCAAGCUUGAGUCUUGUCUGUUCUACAACUUUACGAAUGUCCUCUUAUCCACGUGCAAUAUGAUCAAUUUUUGUGAGUCUCAGGUAGGUAUGUAGCAGUAGUGUCGCUGGCGGCAGUGAGGCUUCAAUCAAAGACGAUGUCUAUGAGACAUUCGAUCAUUCGUCCCUCGUCUUACUUAGCAAUUUCAACUGUUCAAAUGGUUGAAUAACCUCGGUUACAUAGGUUCUUGUCCAAGGGAUGCCAGGGGAUGCUCCACUGCUGUGUAACUGGCUAGUCAUCAAGAGACAGCAUGAAAUAAUAGAGAUACGCUGCAAUUAUGUGCUUUACCAGUCGAUUGAAUAUGUGUGACGCUGAAAGAAGAAUAGAAACAGAGACAUUGAGGGAAGAAGACUGGGAAAGCGCACUG